AUGGGUGGGUUAUGUGACUUGGAUGACUGUAAGAUGGGUGGGUUAUGUGACUUGGAUGACUGUAUGAUGGGUGGGUUAUGUGACUUGGAUGACUGUAUGAUGGGUGGGUUAUGUGACUUGGAUGACUGUAGGAUGGGUGGGUUAUGUGACUUGGAUGACUGUAAGAUGUGUGGGUUAUGUGACUUGGAUGACUGUAAGAUGGGUGGGUUAUGUGACUUGGAUGACUGUAAGAUGGGUGGGUUAUGUGACUUGGAUGACUAUGGUGGGUUAUGUGACUUGGAUGACUGUAAGAUGGGUGGGUUAUGUGACUUGGAUGACUGUAAGAUGGGUGGGUUAUGUGACUUGGAUGACUGUAAGAUGGGUGGGUUAUGUGACUUGGAUGACUGUAAGAUGGGUGGGUUAUGUGACUUGGAUGACUGUAAGAUGGGUGGGUUAUGUGACUUGGAUGACUGUAGGAUGGGUGGGUUAUGUGACUUGGAUGACUGUAAGAUGGGUGGGUUAUGUGACUUGGAUGACUGUAAGAUGGGUGGGUUAUGUGACUUGGAUGACUGUAAGAUGGGUGGGUUAUGUGACUUGGAUGACUGUAAGAUAUUAAAUAGUGGUUUUAUCAUAAUUAUAAGACUUUGUGUCACCUUCUUUUUACUGAAAACAUAG